AUGUUGGCGGGCUCCUACUUACCGGCAAAUGCCCCUUUCACCUGGUCUUUCGACGCUACCAAUGGCAACGAUCCCUUCGCUUUCCGAGCCGAUUCCGAGCCGAAUACGGACAUGAACAAGUCUACAAGUGUAAAGGGUGCAGUGGCGACAGAGUCGAGCGAGUCCGUUGGCAAUCGCGCCAUCUUGAAAGCAUGCCCGAGCCCAGGCUGCCCGUUCCGCGCAAAAACAAAGCGCGACGUCGAUCGGCACCACGCGGCGGUCCAUCAGAAGACGGCGCUCUUCUUCUGCGAGCACCGAGGAUGCACCCGCAAGGGAGGAUGGUCCCGGAAGGACUCGCGCGACCGCCACGUCAAAGCUGUGCACAGCCGGCAGUGCGACUCGCCCUUGCGCUCUGUCGCGCGGAUGAGCACGAUGCUGAGUCCAUGGUCUGAGCAUGCCCAUACUCGCCGGGAUGCGUCAGAGCCGGAACUGAAAGUGCCUGCUGGGACCCUGGCGGAGUCGUUGUCUAGGGAGGAAGCCCUACGUCAGCUCUAUGAAGAGAGGCGGAUGAGACUGGACGCGGAGAACCAGCUGCAGAUGUUGCGGAAGAACUAUGAGGAGCGGGAUUGCAUGCUAUUGAAGGUGUUAGCUAACAAGAUGAACUUGGGGCAUGAGUAA